AUUGAUUUUCUUCCAGAACGUUGAGAAAAGCCUUCGGCUAAUUGCCGAGGUGGAGAGACGGCCUGCUUUAUGGCAAAAGCGGUCGGAUUUCUACAAGAACGGUAUUCGGCGAAGGGAUGCGUGGACCGAGAUUGGUGGACUCUUGGACCUCACCGUCGAAGAGGCGAGCUACCAGUGGAGGAAGCUGCUGACCAGCUACCGGACUUACAAGUCCAAGCUGCUUAAAAGUCAGCAAAGUGGAGCAGAUACUAAUCAAAUUUAAAAUAAUAUGAAAGUGUUCAAUGACAUAAUUUUAUCAUUCGUAGCGGCUGAGGACAUUUUCCAGCCAAGAUGGUUCGCCUUCGACGCGAUGAGGUUCCUCGAUGAUACCCUGAAGGACGGCACGCAUCUCGAUACGUUCGAUGACGACCUAGAACAACACACCUCCACCCAAGCCCACCUAAUCUCUUCUUGUUCCUAUUCCUCAAUUCCGCCGCAACCAACAAUCCCAGCACCAACAACUCCAGCACCAACUCCAGCACCAACCACAGCAACAACCCCAGCACAAACCCUAGCACCGACCCCAGCACCGACCCCAGCACCAAUCCGGGCACAAACAACUCCAGCACCAACCCCAGCACAAACCCCAGCACCGACCCCAGCACCGACCCCAGCACCAAUCCGGGCACAAACAACUCCAGCACCAACCCCAGCACAAACCCCAGCACCUACCCCAGCACCAAGCCCAGCACCAACCUCAGCGAUGGAAAAUUAUUUCUCCAUGUUUGGCCAGUGGGUAGGGGCAUGGUUAAACCAUUUACCACGCGAGCAACAGAACGAUGCCACAAAUCGUUUGCGGCAGACGAUGCAGGAGUGGGAUCUCCAAUAUAAUAAAAAAAUAAUAAAAAUAUUUACAAAACCAUACCUUUACAUAGCUCCGCCAAUGUUUAUUUAA